AUGGAAUCAGUGAAUAAACACAGAAAAGGCAUCGCUCUAUUCCGUGACUCCCAUAUUUUUGAAAUUUUCGAAACCUCCGUGUCGCUCUUGGAGGCUAUUUCACGAAAGGAUCUUGCUUCUUUGCAGAUUUUACACAUUGGUGUUCAACUAGCCAGUGUUCGCCGAACAUUGUUCAAUGGAAGUGAACGCCAGACUUAUCUAGAGCAUGUUGUAGCAGGAGUAAAGCGAGUAAUAGAAAAUCCUGAGAAACUGACUGAGCAGGAUAUUCGAGUUGUUAUCGCGGAAGGUAGGCUUGUAUGGUUGGUAACAUUGAUUGGUACUGCAGUUUUUGGAAAAACGGCUGUGUCAAAUAACGAGGAGCACGACAAAAUGGAUGGAGAUCUUGUGGCGAGGUGCCUAAAAUUCAUGCGAAUCAGUGACAAUCGACUUAUCUUUCCUACAACAGUUAACGCCAAUCCAGGGAAAGGAAAUGUUCGUCUUGAGGUGGCCUUCAUUCAUCUUCUAGAACAGUUCCGUCGUGCAUAUAUUAUGGACCAGAUAACCAAAUCGAGCCCUGUGUAUGACAAGCUAAACACGGAGUUAGGUGUUUCUGACGAAACAGAUAUGCUCAGUGUUAUUGUUCAGAAAAUUCUAACAAACCUGAAGUACUGGGCAACAAAUGAGCAGAUUCUGGAGCUGUCAUUAUCUCUCCUGAAGGAUCUUUCACUAGGAUAUACAGCAGUUCGAAAGUUGUUUCGAUUACAGGAAGUUCAACUGCUUCUCAGUAAUCACACG